AUGUUGACACAUGCCAUGCUCUCAAUACCGGCCACCAAAGGCUUCGAAAUUGGAAGCGAUUUCGAAGGAGCAAAGAUGAGAGGAUCUGAACAUAAUAAUAUGUUCAUUAGUGAUACAACUUCCCGUAAUAAGAAACUGACAACUAAAACGAAUAAUAGUGGUGGUAUUCAAGGCGGUAUUAGUAAUGGUGAGCCAAUAGUCUUCCGAGUCGCUUUUAAACCACCGGGUACGAUCGAUAAAACACAAGAGACUUGCACGUUUGACGGCGAACAAUGCUUCCUGAAUGCAAGAGGACGGCAUGAUCCGUGCGUUGUCCCAAGAGCAGUGCCCAUUGUUAAAGCGAUGGCAGCGUUAGUUUUAGCAGAUCAGAUCCUUAUUCAACAAUCGAGAACCAACACCUGCAGCACUGUUCAUGAGUUAGCCGUCACUUAA